AUGUCCUCUUCAUCGGGGCCAGACAUUUCCGAGCUCUCGGAUAGCCAGAGAUCGGCUCUGGAGACGUAUACCACAGUGACCGGCCAAGAACCGGUGGAAGCCAUCGCAUUGUUGAGCCGAUCGCAAUGGAAUGUCCAGAUUGCUAUCGCGAAGUUCUUCGAUGGUGAAGGACCUGAUCCUGUUGAAGAAGCCCGCGCAUCUCUCGAGAGUGCCAGCCCUGCCCGCUCAACCCGACAAACGCAGAACCUCCUGCAUGAGGAUCUGACUGCGCGGAUCUCUCCAGCUGCCGUUGCCGCCGACCCAGCUCCCCGAAUCGUGACCCAGCCUGGAGACCAACCCGUCUAUCGUCCUCCGUUCCUACUAGCUCUCCUUUUCACGCCGUUCAAUUUUCUGUACAGACUACUCUUCGGCUCCUUCCGUCUUUUCGGCUCCCUAUUUCCCUUUCUCCCACGAUUGCUCAAUACAACAGCGAGCCCUGCUCUACAUGGAACCCGACGGAACACCAAUGGGCGCCGACCGCUUGCACCGAAAGAUACAGCCGCGAGGUUCAUUCGCGAGUUUGAGGAGGAAUAUGGAACCCACUCGCUCACAUUUCUGGAGAACGGAUAUAACAUGGCAUUGGAAAAAGCACACCGGGACUUGAAGUUCCUCCUAGUGGUUCUUUGCGCCCCUGAGCAUGACCACACAGAUGCUUGGAUUCGAGAGACACUCCUCUCAAAAGAAGUCACCGAUUUUGUCAACGACCCGGAAAACAACAUCAUUGUUUGGGGUGGCAACGUGCAAGACGCUGAGGCUUACCAAGUCGCAAACUCCCUCCGAUGCACCAAAUUUCCCUUCGCCGCUGCGAUAGCUCACACGCCAGGUGUCUCCUCGACUGCAAUGUCUGUCGUCGCCAGGAUCUCUGGGGUUACCUCGCCCGCGGAGUUCGUAGAGAAGCUGCGCACAGCGAUCGCACAAAAUAAAGAGCCCCUCGAGCGAAUUCGGUCAACGAGAGCAGAACAGCAGGCCUCUCGGAGCCUCCGAGAACAACAAGACUCAGCAUAUGAGCGCUCACUCGCCAUUGACCGGGAACGAGCGCGACAGAGAAGGGAGGCCGAAGCAGCUAGACAGCGGGAAGAGCAACUAGCAGCGGAACGCCAAGCAACUGAAGAGAAGCGGGUACGCGAUAUGGAGCAGUGGAAGCGAUGGCGCGCACAGACUAUCCGCGACGAACCCCCAACGGACGUCAAAGACGCCGUCCGAAUCAGCAUCCGUCUCCUCUCGGGCGAUCGAGCCAUCCGCCGAUUCGCCCCCGAUGCCGACAUGGAGGAACUAUACGCGUUCGUUGAGUGCUACGACAUCACAAAGGAAAGAGGAACAUCAGAAGAGAAGAUCGCAGCAGAGAAGCCAGAAGGGUACGACCAUGUAUACGGCUUCCGUCUUGUAUCUCCCAUGCCACGAACGGUUUACGAGGUUGGUGCGGGCUCCAUUAAGGACAACGUCGGCCGCGGCGGAAGUCUCCUCGUGGAGCUCAUUGAUGACGAAAGUGAUGAAGAUGGGGAAGAUAGCUAG